ACCCGCCCGCUGCGGGUCGGUAGCCCAGGACGAGCCCUUGGUGGCCACCGGCUCCGGCCGGGGAAGUCCGACCUGCUGAGUGACGGAGCAAUUGGGCUGGAGAACAAUAGCGGCGCUGGAAAACAAUGGAGCCGCCGCACCUUGGCGCGUAGGGAUGCGGGAAGGACGCGGGGAAGGGAUCCCAGCCCCGGAGUAGCGCCUGAGCCGGAGCCCCCAGCACCGGCACAGGGAGGAUCAGCGGGACGGGCUCAGCUCCCAUGACAGAAGUGUGGGGGGAUGGAUUACGGAGGUGGAGAGGACCUGGUUCCCUGCGGGAAAGAUAAAUUCAUCUCCAAAAAUGAGCUGCUCCUGCACCUGAAGACCUACAACAUCUACUACGAAGGGCAGAACCUGCAGCUGCGGCACCGGGAGGAGGAAGGGGAGCUCAUCGUGGAGGGGCUGCUGAACAUCUCCUGGGGGCUGCGGCGCCCGAUCCGCCUCCAGAUGCAGGACGACAACCAGCGCAUCCGCCCGCCCCCCUCCUCCUCCUCCUGGCACUCCGGCUGCAACCUGGGAGCCCACGGGUCCGUGCUGAAGCCCAGCACCCUGCCCGACAUCCAGGUGACGGAUGCAGAGGCCACACCCAACACGGAGGCUCCCGGGAAUGGCACAGGUGAGCCAGGCUUGGAUCCACCUGGAUUUAUCCAGGAGGUUGGGAGCAGCUGCCUCGUGCUGCAGUUUAACUCGAGAAAAUGCAAACCAGGCUUGGUUUUAGCUCCAGACUGUUUCCCGUCCUGCUCCAGGUUCCUUUAAGCCACUUCCAAAGAACUUUUGUUUAUUUUGUUUAAUCUUAGCCCCAUAUGGCUCAAAACUCAAUGAUUUAAAGAUUUUUUUUCCUACCUAAAUGAUUCCAUGAUUCCCAAGGGUUUUUGCUCAGUGGGAGGUGGUGGAGAGGAGCUUGGAAAGAAAUCGGGGGGAUGGAGCAAAGAGCCCCGUGGGAUAGCAGGGAAAAGGAUGUCAGCGCUUCCCCUUCCCGGAGGCUCCGCUCCUGGGGAAGAAGAAUGGGAGCAUUGGGAAUGGGAGCACUGGGAAGCGCCGCCGUUACCAUGGGAAGUCAACAGAGCUGCAAAGUGUUUGUCCCCUCCCUGGUUUUUCCUCUGUGGAGGGGGAAGAGCUCGGCCAGCGCUUCAUUAACCCCUUGUUCCGAGCAGGGACAGCGAGGAACGGGACACAAACUGGAAUUCCCACAGGGAAAAACCUGCUUCAGGCGUUUUCCUCAUUCGUUCUGGGCAUUCUGAUGUUCUGACUUUUGGGGGUAAUUUUUGACAGAGAAGAACCAACUCAUCCUUUUGACUUUGAGAUGCUCAUCCACAUCAGGGAGGAGCUGAGCCCUUGCAAAACUCGCUGAUCCAUGAACCCUCAUCCCUGAUCCUCCAGCUUUUUCCCUUUUUCUUUUUGAUCUUCCCACUCAUGAUGCUUUUCCUCCUUUAAUCAAAGCUUUCCUGGGUGAUUCCCACCCCACAUCACCCCACUGCAAUUGCCCAGCAGCUCUCUCAGCCUUAUGACCUUAAUUUGCCAGCACAUAAAAAAGCCUUUUAUUAC